AAGUGGUCUCUAAAUCAAUCUUUUUCAAUACAAAAAUGGCUGCAGUACAACAAAAUUUAUCAAAAAUGAUAUCAGCACAGCUACGUAAUAAAGCAACUGAGUUUUUGAACUCUAGAAAACAUGCCAAUAAUGUUGCUGAUAUCUUACAAAUGUUUGAUGCUGAAUCUGAUAAUUACACGCCGCUUUUACUUACUAUAGAAGUAAUAUUUACUGAACUACUAAAAAGGGGCGAUUUGGUGCAAGAAAUCAUACCAUUAAAACCUAUAGACCACAGUCCGGAAGCAGAAUACACAAGAUGGUUGCGGGAAUGUUACGAGGCGGCAUUAGCAAGGUGCCUAGAGUGCGUGAAACGCGGCCGAGUCAGCUCCCGCCUGCAGGCUCUUGUUACUGCAUGCAAGCUGCUGCAGGCUGAGGGGAGAUAUCCUUUAGAACCUACCAACGGGUUUUACUUCCCAUCUGUGCGUUUGAAGAAUAUAUUUACUGUGCUGUUGGACUCGGAGAUAUCAAUGUCAGCACUCAUAGCACGCUUCCAAGAGUUCACAGAGUAUAAAGAUGUGCAGCAGUAUGGUCUCAAAGUGCUCUCCAGCAUUGGUUAUAAGAAAUCACCAUCAUCAAUCUACAUGCAGAAUUACUUAGAGCUCUUGGACAAGCUGCUCGCUGUAGAGAUCCCAACAGAGGCCAAGAAUAAGGCCAAAGAGAGAGAUGAUGAGAAGGAGGACAAGGUGUUGUGCUCUGUUGAAGGCAAGCCAAAGUUUGCAUACCAUCCAAUGGUAUGUCGGCGUCACGCAAACCGGUGCUGGGGCUUCGCAUGCCAGUGGUCGUUGUGUGGGUCGCCGCGUGCACACCGCCGCGCCCUCCUGCUGCUGGUGGAGCGCCUCAUGCCGCUGUUGUCUAAGCCACAUCUAGCUACAGACAUGCUGUGUGACAGUCUUGAUGCGGGAGGUUCAAUCAGUAUGCUGGCGCUGCAGGGAGUGCUGGAGCUGGUGCGGCGACACAACAUAUCCUACCCCGACCUCUACGACCGCCUCUACGCCAUGUUCGAGCCGGAGAUGUUCGCUACGCGCUACAAGCGUCGUCUGCUACAUCUCGCUGAUAUAUUCCUCAGCUCCACGCACUUACCGGAGGGUCUGGUGGCGGCGUUCGCUAAGCGCGUGUCGCGGUUGGCGCUGGUGGCGGCACCCGAGGAUGCGCUGGCGCUGCUGCAGCUGCUAGCCAACCUGCUGCUGCGACAUCCCGCGCUCAAACGCAUGAUUUGCUGCGAUGACACACCCACGCCGCCCCUCAUGUCUGGUGACCCGUACGUAAUGGAGGAGACGAGCGCGAUGGGUUCCCGUGCGCUGGGCUCCUCGUUGUGGGAGGUGAGCGCGCUGCGGCGGCACGCGGCGCCCGCACUUGCCCGUGCAGCCGCCGACGUGCUGGCUGCUGCUGACCAGCGCGCCCCGCCCACCGUGCUCGCGCCCCCAGACGCACAGAUGUUUGAUGCUGAACUAAAGAAGCGUUUCAAGACAAUAGAAAUGAACUUCAUCCGGCCGCAGGGCAUGGCGCUGCCGGCGGCAGACCGUCUCCAGCACUACUGGCAGCUCGCCGCGUGAACACGCCCCGCCCAUCACAGGUGACGUCAUCAUACCAUACAUGUACCAGCGCUUCAGUUGGCACGUCCGACAUACAAGUACUCUUCUACACGACGUGCCAACUUAACCGCAAGGUGCAUUUGAGUUUACACGUUAAGCAGAAGAGAACUGUACCUGUCUAUGGACAAAAAUGACGAAAAAAGUUACAUCUAUUAAAACAUGUAACUUUUUUCGUCAGAUGAGUCAAUAUAUAGUCACUCAAAUGUUUUUAACCAAUCUUUUAGUGUACAGUGAAAGUAAUAUUUGUUUUUUUUUUUUUAUUUAUAGUAAGAAACAAUAUUUUAAAAUAAACGAUGGUUGAUUUUAGAAUCAUAUAAAAUUGAGUUUUGUAUCAGUAAGAGAAAAAAAAAGUGAAUGAUCGACAGAAAAUAUUGAUCAUUUAAUUUUGAUAUGAAUUAAUUACCUAUGUAAUUACGCCAUGUCUAAAAUUACGAGAACGUAAGAAAAAAUAGAA